AUGGUUGACAAGUUUUUGUGGACGCCGACAUCCGUAAUACGCCUCGUUAUUGAGGCCACAUGCAUGCUUUUGCUGCUCGCAACUGCCAUCAGCAACCUCUCGGGAUAUUCAUGGUGGCAGUAUUCUCCCUUCCAUGUCGGCCUCCCAGAUGGAUACCAAUCGUCGGCUCAGCAAGCUGGAGCAUCAGCCGGAUCACCACUCGACGGACUAACGCUUAACGCGGAUGUGUUGCUGGAAGAAAUGCACAAGGCAAAGCUCCAUAUAUCGGCGUGCUACGAUGAAAAAAGGACGAGUCAGGGGGACUUCCUGGUUUGCUUGGGUCGGAUGGAAUGCGACGUUGCGGGCCCGGCCAGCAACAUGAUCUUAAAGCCGGCGCGGCACAGCGUGAUGCGUAGAGUCGUGACGCAUUUUUCGAAGCAGUUGGCCACAUCAGAUCUGUCAAAGAUAUUCUCUGAGGCCGGGAGGAUCGGUCUGGCGUGCGAUACCCUUCACAUCUGA